CUCGAAAGAAUUCUCUCCGGAUCUCACCAACAGAUGUCGUGACACCUAAACAGCUGUUGUCUCUCGCCACGUUGGAAGGAUCGAGUUGGUUUGCCGAAAGUCUAUGUGACAUUAUAAUAAUAUCUCCGCCUUGAAAGUGUUGAUUGUUGAUAAUAAAAAGUGGAGUUGAAUAACCAAAGGAUUGAAAAAUGAAGGUGAAGGAACUCCUGAAGACCGUGAAUGUCGCCUGGUCACCACCAGCUCAGCAUCCCCUGAUGCUGGCUGCUGGAACUGCUGCACAACAGCUAGAUGCCAGUUUCAAUACAUCUGCUAGCCUCGAUUUGUAUUUAUUGGGUCUGCAAACACCUGGUUAUGACAUGGAACUCAGGGCUAGUGUACCCAGUGAUCACAGAUUCCACAAGAUAAUUUGGGGCUCCUACGGUCCCUCGCCCUCAGGAAUAAUCGUUGGAGGAUGCGAUUAUGGCACCAUAAAAAUCUACUCAGCUUCAAAACUCCUCUCAAACGAUCAAGACUGUCUCCUGAGCAGUCCAAACCGUCACACAGGUCCAGUCCGUGCUCUGGAUUUCAAUCCCUUCCAGUCAAACCUCCUGGCAUCAGGUGCAACCGAGUCCGAGAUUUACAUCUGGGACAUCGUGAACACCUCCACUCCAAUGUCCCCAGGUUCACCCUCAAAUCCUCCAGAAGACAUCCAGUACAUCCAGUGGAAUAAACAAGUGCAGCACAUCCUAGCCUCCGCCUUCACCCAGCGCUGCAUAAUCUGGGACUUGCGAAAAAACGAAGCGAUAAUAAAACUCUCGGAUGCCAACUCGAAGAUCCGCUGGAAAACCCUCCAGUGGCAUCCAGAGAUGGCGACACAGCUGUGUCUAGCCUCCGAGGACGAUCAAACACCAAUAAUUCAGCUGUGGGAUCUGCGUUUUGCAUCAUCACCACUGAGAACAUUCCAGCAUCAUCAGCGAGGUGUUCUCUCCAUCGCCUGGAGCACUCACGAUCCAGAUUUGCUGCUGAGUUGUGCCAAGGACAACACAAUUCUCUGUUGGAAUCCAAAUUCAGAUAAUCCAGGCGGAGAGGUUCUGUGUGAAUUAGCACAAACAGCUCAAUGGAAUUUCGAUGUCUCCUGGUGUCCAAGGACCCCUGGACUCAUCGUCGGCAGCAGUUUUGAUGGUCAUGCUGUGGUGUAUUCUCUGCUGGGAGGCUCUCAGGGGCAGUCUCAUGAAACUGCUAAUCAGAUUGUCGAUUCUUUUCCUGGGAUGGAUCCAUUCGUGCAAGCUCCACCUUCUGCCAAGUCCGAGUCAGCACCAGCAUUGAAGAGAGCUCCCAAGUGGCUGAGGCGACCUGCUGGUGUGUCAUUUGGCUUCGGAGGAAAGCUGACGAUAUUUGAGAAUGAACCUGCGGACAGCAACUCUGGGACUUCUGCCAAAAGGAGUGUCAUUGUCUCUCAGGUAAUCACCAAUCCUGAUAUGAUCAAGAGGUCCAAUGAGCUGGAGAGUGCACUGAAGACUGAGCAGUUUCUGGAUUACUGCCAGGGGAAGAUUGAAAAUAUCGAGGAUGAACAUCUGAAGAAAAUAUGGAAAUAUGUUGGGGCGUACUUUAGUGAGGAUGUCACUCAAAAAUUUCUGGAGCUACUGGGGUACAAUGUAGCAGAAAUAAAUCAUAAAUUGAAGAGAUUUAUACCUGAAGAGGAUGUUGACAGAGUCACUGAUGGUGUAGCCAGGGCCCAAUUAGAUUCUCUCCAGAAUGGUAAUUUCGAUCCAACCGCUGCAUUCGACGCCAUCGCCCAGCAGGAGCUGAAGAGAUCUCCAGUGAAGAUCAAGGACACCAGUUUGAAGCUGAAUACCAGUGACGACGAGGAUGGGCUCAUCACUCAGGCAAUUCUCGUUGGGAACAUCGAGGCAGCUGUUUCCCUGUGCUUUGACAGUAAACGCUACGCCGAUGCUGUCAUCCUCUCGAUGGCUGGAGGUCCAGAUCUUCUAGCUAGAACACAGUACAGAUAUUUUUCCGAGCACACUGGUGUGCUCAAUUCAUUGAUUAAUUUCGUGGUCAGCGAUAAUUGGGGGGAAAUUGUGGAAAAUUGUGAUGUUUCCUGUUGGAAGGAAACACUCGUAGGAAUUUUUACUCACUCUAAUGCCGAGGAAAGAUCUGCACUCUGCGAAGCUCUUGGAGAUCGUCUCUGUUCGAUUGAUGAUGUAGAGCUGAGACGACAGGCGCAGAUUUGCUACAUCUGCUCGGGAAAUUUGAGUAAAGUCAUUCAGGUUGGAGGGACUGGAGUCCAGGACACUGUCGAACUCGUGAUGGUAUUGAAGAGAGCGUUGGAGCUUCAUGGAAGUAGCAAUGUUAAGGUGGAUGGACACAUUGGAAGAGUUUUAUCUCAGUAUGCUGAACUUCUUGCUUCUGAAGGGGAUCUCGAUGCUGCCCUGGGAUACUUGAAGAGUGGAGAGGAGGGAGGAAUGGGAAUGCUGAGAGAUAGAUUGUGCAAGGCUCUCCAGUAUGUUCAGACCGGUGGUCAACAGCAGCCUCAACAGUCACAGGGACAAGUGCAUCCUCAAAGUUACAGCCAGAAGAGUCAGCAGAGUAUUUAUGGUGGUGGAAAUGUCCAGAGUAAUUAUGGACAGAAUCAGCAUGCCUGGAAUGCCAAUAAUUGGAAUGUCAAUCCAAUGCAGAACGCCUGGGGAAUGGCUCAAGUUGUACCUCCAGUACAGACUGCACAGCCUAUGCCUUCUCAACCUCUUCAAUCCCUCCAGCAACCACCGAAGAAUUAUGGGCAACCUCAAACGAUUUUAUCUCCAGCAGCACCACCCACUGCACCUCCACCCAUGCAGACUGCUGGAAGUUCUCACAGUGGAUCCAGGCCCUCCAGCGUUGGUCCCUCGUCCAGGCCCAAGUAUAUGAUCGAUCCCUCGGUGAAGAGCCCUUCAUCCUAUGGGGGAUAUGGGCAAGGAUAUUCAGCCCAGAAUCAGGUGUUUGGAUACCAGGGGCAGGGGUAUGGAGAGGUUGAUGGAUUCAAGGCUCAACCGAGUCUGAUGACACCGAGUUUACCUGCUCAACCUCCUCAGGGCAUUUAUGACCCUACCAUGGGUCAAGGAGGACAGGCAGGACUCUUUGCCGGAGCCAGUGAACCCUCUGCUUAUCAACCAACACCUCAACCCGCUGGCUGGAAUGAUCCUCCAAUUGCCAAGUUUAGAAAUCAGCAACAAGCGAACGAAUUCUCAGCUCAGAAUCCGAUUCUUCAGCCCUUGAGAGGAGCUGCGCCACAACAAUCUUACAAUGCACCUGAAGAGAAUUACCACCAAGACCCUCACAAUCCCUAUGGCCAGGCGCAGUACAAUCAGACAAUCCUCAACCCAUCAAAUCAAUUUAGCCCACCGAUGGGUUUCGAUCAACAUAAUCAAUCUUCAAAUACGCACCAGCAACAGCAACAUCAUCCACCUGUGCAGGCAGCCAAAGCAGCUGAACCGGAAAUCCCGAAGGCGCCUAUUCCCGAGGAACACCUCCACCUGAAGACGGUCUUGGAUGAGUUGCGAAUUCAUUGCUACGAAUCUGCAAAAAAUCCACAGACCAAGCGAAAAGUUGAGGAUGUUGCGAGAAAACUUGAAACUUUGUACGAUUGUUUGAGAGACAAAUCUCUCUCACCAAAUACUCUACAGGGACUUCACCAGAUUUGUCAAUUUAUUCAAGGAGGAAAUUACACUAAUGGAUUGAGCAUACAUACUCAAUUAGUAUCUGGACCAGAUUUUAGUAGAAUUGCCCCCUUUAUGCCAGGAAUUAAAGUAUUGCUGCAGAGUGCACUUCAAUUGGGUGUUUACAUCACGUAAAAUACCGGCAUCAACAAAUUUUCGAAUGUUUUUUCGUAUUUGAAGCCUUACUCGUGGAGAGAAAUUAUGGAAAUAAUUAAUUAAUUGCCGGAUUAUUUGGUUGUCGUUAACGAUUGGUGAUCGAUUAAUUUUUAUACUUUAAUAUAGAGAAGCCAGAAAACUCUACUUUCUAUUCAUUUUGCAUGUCCCGUAGUAUUAACAAAAAAAUGUUCUCAUUUUUGAAAAAAAUAAUUUUUCAAUACCGCGCCAACCGUAAUUAAUCGAAAAUUAGUUAAUGCAUUAACUAAACACACUGUGCAAUUACCGAUAAUUAAUGAAUUUGUAUUUUUAGAAAUUUAAUUUUUCAUCGGAAUGAUUCAAGAGGUGAAUAGAUUUAUUUCCCGUUAUUAAUUCGAAUUUUUAUUCAUUAGGUAUUUAAGAAAAUUUGUUUACGUGAGACGCCAAAGUACUUUUAUAAAAUCAGUUUGAAUAAAUUCAAUGGAAAGACAAAGAUGAAAAGGAAAA